AUGUCCGACUCCUCCAACUCCACCGCUGCAGCCGCAGCCGCCGCAGCGGCGGCGGCGGCGGCGGCGACGGCGGCCUUCCCUCACAUCCCCGUCGGCGACACUCUCGGCGCGUGGCUCAUCGGCGUGUGCAUCAGCUACCUGCUGCAGGGCAUGCUGUUCCAUCAGGCGUUCAAGUACUACAUGACCUUCCACAAGGACAGGUGGGUCCUUAAAGCAUGGGUCGCGGUGGUUUUGGUGCUUGAGACGUUGGCCACGGUGUUGAUCACACAUACCGCAUACUUCUAUAUGGUGACCAAAUACUGGGAGCCAACGUACUUCUUCGUCUCCCCGACGGUUUGGUCUCUCAAUGUCCUCCCUCCACCUGCCGCCCUCGCGGCCUUCAUCUCCCAGAGUUUCUUCGCUCGCCGGUUAUGGCUAAUUGCGCCCAAAUUCCGGAUUCUCGUCGCCAUCGCAAUGGUCCUGAUAGCAGGCAACGUCGCGUGCUUCUCCGUGCUGGCGGUGACGAUGUUCAGGUCGGCGACACUCUCGGAGUGGCUCCAAUACUCGUGGCUCGCAACACUAGGGUCCUCGAUCCAAGUAACUGGGGAUUUGUCGAUCAGCGCCGCGUUGGUUUAUACCCUGCACACGAGCAGGACAGGGAUCACUCGGACGGACUCGAUCGUGGAUACACUGAUCACGUACUCGGUAUCGACUGGCGUCGUAACCUGCAUCGUCCACAUCGUCAACGUCACCUAUUCCGCCAAGGAGCCGGACAACUUCAUCUACGCCGCGCUGUCCAUCAUCCUCACGAAACUCUACGCCAACGCGUUCCUCGUCGCCCUCAACUCGCGCGCGUCACUGGGCAUCCUCGGCCAGUCGAACAACCAGUCCAACUCCGUCAACGUCUCGCACGUGCUCCGCGCGCGCGGCGCGACGAACCUCCCCACCGCGCUCAGCAACACCGCGGCGAGCACCCCGACCGCGAUCGAGCUCAAGGUCACGACGGUGACGGAGACGGACGACUUCUACGACGGCGCGUACGCGGUGUCCGAGCCCGGGCCGCUCGAGGCGCAGCAGCAGCAGCUGCCGCAGCGGUCGUUCCUCGGGCCGAAGCGACACCCGUACGCCGCGGAGGUCAUGACGCCGUGA